GCCAGACGUCGCUUGGAGGAGCAGUUGAAACAGUACAGGGUUAAGCGUCAGCAGGAAAGGUCCAAUCAAUCGACUCCAAAAAAUCGCCCUUCAAGCACCUUGGAUCCUGAACUGAUGUUCAAUCCAGAUAAUCUUCCUCGGGCGAGUACUGUUGCAAUGACUAAGGAGUAUUCCUUCUUGCGUACAAGUGUCCCAAGGGGACCAAAACUGGGCAGCCUAGGCCUCCCAUCAGCUUCCAAAGAAAAAAAGUCCUCCAGAUCAUCCAAAAUCUUCUAGCAAAAUUCGUUCUUUAGCAGACUAUCGUGUAGAAUCUUCUGAAUCCGGCAAUCCCUGCAUAGGUUAUUCUGAUUCAUCGCCUGGCUCCCUAAAGCCCAACAGGGGGAGCUUGACCUCAGUAGUGUCAGAAAUUAGUUUAGAAGGACAGAAAUGUGAGGUUUACAAUGCUGACAACAGCUCUGAACUUGAUGGGAGUGAUCUGGGAACUAGACUUGAUGGAAAUGAGAGUGACAGCUCUACGUACAGUAGUGUGUCUGCUGGACAAGGGACUUGCGUUGUUGCUGCAUUGCCCAGGAGAGAAGAGGAAUACAUUGUGAAUGGCCAAAGCAUAGCUCCAGAAGAUGUAGGGCACUACCCUUCCCUUAGAGAUGUCUUACAAGCUGCUGCUGCUGAGCAACAAGCUCAGGAGUUGGAGGGAAAUGGUGAACCUAGAAGCCGGCGAGACAGCAUUUCAAGCAGUAUUUCUAUGGAAAGCUCCAUUGCUGGGACUCACGAUGAACUGUUGCAGGUGCUGAAAGAGAAGAUGAGAUUGGAAGGACAGCUGGAAUCAUUGACAACAGAAGCCAGUCAGGCACUGAAAGAAAAGACAGAACUGCAGGCCCACCUGGCGGCAGUGAACACCAGGCUCCAAGCUGAGGUUGAACAAAGCCUGGCUAGCCAACAAAGGCAAGAGACCCUGAGCUCUGAGGUUGUCACCCUGAAGAAGUCCUGUCUAGACCUGGAGAGGGCCAUGGCAGAUCUUCAGAACUCACUGGAAGUAAAGAAUACCAGCCUGGCUUCUUUAACCAAUGAUUUGCAGGUAGCUGAAGAGCAAUAUCAGAGGCUGAUGAGCAAAGUAGAGGAGUUGCAGAGGUCUAUUAUUCAAAAGGAUAACACAGUUCAUGAUCUGCGACAGCAGACUGUAUCACUACAGUACCAGCUACAGCAAGUGCAACUGGACCGUACUACACUAACUAACAAGCUCAAAGCCUCAAAAGCAGAAAUAUCCUCUCUGCAACAGGCACGUGAGUGGUACCAACAGCAGCUCACAUUAGCUCAAGAAGCUCGGGUUCGACUUCAGAGCGAGAUGGCCAAUAUACAGGCCGGGCAGAUGAACCAAGCUGGGGUUUUAGAGCACCUUAAAAUAGAAAAUGUGACACUCUCACAUCAACUGACAGAGACACAGCACAGGACAAUCAAGGAAAAAGAGCGCAUUGCUGCACAACUUCAAAAUAUUGAGGCUGACAUGUUGGAUCAGGAGGCUGCUUUCCAGCAGAUACAGGAAGCAAAGAACAUGGUAGAAGAAGAUCUUCAAAGAAAACUUGAUGAGUUUGAGGAGGAGCGAGAGCAGUUGCAGAAACUAGCAGAUUCCGCGGUUGCUUUAGAACGUGAAAUAGAGCAGAUGAAGCUAAAUUUGCAUCAGAAAGACCUGCAGCUAGAAGCUCUCCAACAAGAACAUCUUGAAAUCUUGAAACAGCUCACAUCAACUCAAGAAACCCUUCACACCAAAGACCAAACACUAAAUGAUCUCCAGAUGCAGUAUGAUGAACUUGAGGCCAGGCUUGUGGAGCUCCAGAAUGAUGUUUCUUCCAAGGAUGACACUAUUCACUAUCUACAAAAUCAGAAGAUCGUUUUAGAAGUGGCAUUGCAGACUGCCAAGGUGGAACAAGAAGGUUUACACCAAGGAGCCAAGCGUUUGGAAGAAGGGACUGAAGUUGUUACAGACAUUUUGGAACAGUUGCGUCAGGACCUUGCUAUCAAAUCUGGACAGGUGGAGACACUGCAGCAAGAGAAUGCAACUUUAAAAAAACAGACCCAGAAAGUGAAGGAGCAAUUUGUCCAGCAAAAAGUGAUGGUCGAAGCAUACCGCCGAGAUGCCAGCUCAAAGGACCAACUGAUUAGUGAGCUAAAAGCCACCAAAAGGAAGCUGGACUCUGAGGUGAAGGAACUAAGAAAGGAACUGCUGAAGGUCCAGGGGGAGAAAACAGCAGCAGAGGUGGAACAAGCCAGGGUUAUGAAGGAAAUGUUGAAAGUGCAACAACAGAUGGAAGAACUUGAAUUACAUCUUCAGGCUGCCCAGAAUGACAGAGAUGAAAUGGAAAUCCGUUUACAGGUUUGA